UGCCAGAGGGCAGAGCGAGCAGCACCGAGCAGAGCCAUUCAUCUGAGCGGACCUCGGGCACACCUGGUCGCAGCGAUCAGAGCAGUUCGGCGACUGACACAGCUCCAUACAGCAGCUCCCGGGUUAAUCACUUGAGGAAUGUGGUGCCAUUAGGUCGGUAGCCGAGAGCUGAAAAUUCACAGUAGCUGCAACUUUUAAGUUAAUUUCAACGAGCGAGAAGAAGGGAUCAUGGCAACGGGUGGAUUUAAAUCAAACGCCACGACGGACUUUUUGGAGGAGUGGAAGGCAAAGCGGGAGAAAAUGAGAGCUAAAAUGCUGGGGGACAUUGCCGCAGCCACUGGUGCUCCCUUGGGUGCCACAAACACAAACAGCAGCAGCAGCCGCCACGCCGCUCCUCCGGGCACCGAGUUCACCAACAACGGCAACCAGGAGAGAGCCGCCCCCGCCGGGAACUGCCACCCCUCUUCCUACGCGGUGGCUCGGUCCUCCUCCGGCUCGGCUCUGAAGAGACCCGAGGAGGAAACGCACCACCCCGCGACGCCCGUAGCCACCCCGGGGGGCAACCUGAAGAAGGCCCCGCCUCAGACGGAGAAGGCUCAGUCGCCGGACUCCAGCCCCAUGGCCUGCAACGACAGCGACAAGGAGAGCCCAUCACCCGGCAAGGGCAAGGAGAAGAAGAGCAGCGGCCCCAGCGCCAGGAAGGGCAAAGGGCAGAUCGAGAAGAGGAAGCUGAGGGAGAAGAGGAGGUCAACAGGUGUUGUCAGCAUACCGUCCAAUGAGAGCCUGGAUGAGCUGGAUGAUGAUGACACGGGGGAGAAGGACAGGAGGGAGGAGGAGGAGCUGGUCCAGGCCAACACUUUCCAGAAUGAGGCCAUGACAGCUGACCCUGCCACCGGCUCCUUACUGGAGACCCCCAGAUCUGGAAGUGGCCGCCACAAGAGCUCUGCAGGACAGGGGUCUGAGGAGGAGGUGGGUGGAAACAGACAACGACACAACCGUCACGGCAGAGAUGGAGGAGCUGCAGCAGCAGGAAGUCUGGAGAAAAGGAUGGAGGAGCUGGAGAAGGAGUUGGCCAGAGAGCGUCAGGAGAACGCCAGGCUGCUGAAGGCCCACCAGGACAAAGACGAUCUCAUCGGGAAGCUGAAGGAGGAAAUCGACUUGCUGAACAGAGACCUGGAUGACAUUGAAGACGAGAACGAGCAACUGAAACAGGAGAACAAGACUCUGCUGAAAGUGGUAGGUCAGCUGACGAGGUAGAAGUGUUCUGCACGGCUCAGACCCGACACAACAACCAGCCUCGCCGUGACGAACGGAGCGUCUCUAUUCUCUCUCCUGCCCUCGGUCAAGUCCAGCUGCAUGACCUCUCUUUGUGUUCGGUUCGUCUGUUAGAGGUGAGACUGUAAAUUAGUCGUCCAGAGGCUCCCCCACCUGAAAACACAUCCCUCUGGGGUGGAUUUAUUCCUUCUGUUGUGAAAGCCGAGCUGAGUGGUGGAGGAUUAUCUGUCAUUCUAUACAUAUUUAAUGUAAAUGUUUGUAUAUAGGCCAUUUAGAUUGUUCAUGUUUUGAUUUCUGAUGAGGUUUAAAAAAAAUACAAUGAAUGUAUGUGCUGCAAAAACAAGCACAAAGUCUUGUUUAGAGAUAAUUCCAUUUUGUGCACACAGCAGCCAUCCACAUAAACUUAAAAAGAUCUCCAGUGUUGCAAUGUCUGAAUUGAGUCUGACGUCUCGGAGCACUUGGACCAAAUUCAACACAAUUACUGCUACAGUAUCAGCAGCCAAAGUGGGCACAGUGCCUCGCAAUGCAUGUGAGAUUUUCUUUAGUCAUUUGUGUUUUUUAACUGGUUAAAGCCUGGAGCUUUAUUAAUGAACAACUGUGCCAGAUUUACUUUCUUCCAGCAACGUCUUGGUACAUUUUAAUCCCACUCGGGUGUCUGCAAUUCUGAAUAAAUAAAGUUGCAUUUUAAAUAUAUCCAAUUGAAAACAAUGAAGUUGAAGCAAGACUAUAUCACUUGUAUGCUUUACGCAUUUCAAUGUUAACAUCUUGAGUAUUAUACCUGUCAGCGAGGAAAUGUUUCAGUCUAGUAUAUAUGUGGAAUCUUUUAUAAAAUGCAUUUUGCUCUCGUUUACAAGUUGCGGUCUUUGCAAUAUUUCAUAGAUGUUUAGCAACUCUGUUUCUAGCCUCUAAAAUGCGUGGAGUGCAUUUUUCUGUUGUAUGAUAACCAAAUGAACCGAAGGAACAUACUAUUUGGAAUGCAUCUCUUUUGUUUACUCAAGGGAACAAGGCUUGGCUGGUGGUAGCUUUUCUCUUUCUGUAUUUUAUCCCAGCGAGGAGCUGCGGCAAAUAAUCUUUAGUCGGUCAACCUGCUUCCACGUACACAUUUUGAGGGGGUAAAGAUCGUCCCCUUGCAGACAGACAUCACAGAUCCAUCUCUCUUUCCAUUACAUUAUGCAUGUACAGAAGAUUAAGUCAUUUAAUAAAAGUUUGAUUAUCUCUCUCCUCA